UUCAGGGGGAGGGUUUUCCGGGUUCAAACCCCCCCCAAAAUUUGUUCAACAUUUUUUUUUUGCCUAUUCACUUGAUGUUUUUUUUCUGUAUUCAAUUGAAAUUCAAUAGAAAAGUGUUUCUUAAUCAAUCGUCUAAGUCGCACAUAAGGUAAAUUAUUAUCCCAGACGUAUUAUUAUUGUGUAAAUAAAAUAGAAUUGUCUACGAGAAUGUCUACGCGCAAAAAUUGAAUCUAAAACAGUGCACUGCUUUACGACGGGUAAAACUAUGUAUACAAUGAGAUAAGAUCACGACUGACGUUAUCGUUGUCGCCUGCCCAUAGCUUUGGCUGUUCAUAUGGACGCACCAGAGUAUUUACGUAGUUAUUUUUUAGUAUUCUUCAAAUUUUGAUAGUGUACAUACCUUAUUAGAAUAAUCGUCGAUGUUUAAUUUCAACUCGAAUAGAACUAAUUCGGAUAACCGAUUACCGAAUCAUUUUUCUUUUGGAUUCUCGUCAUACAACACACCAUGGCGAUGCGCCGUAAACAUUGCUGUUAAACGUUUCUAUUGAUCUGAAUUCCAAUUAAUACACAAAAAUUAAAUACCGAAAAUGAAACGAGUUCAAAGACAAUUGGACAUCACUGCAUUUACACAAAUAAAAAAAGAUAAGACAAACAAUCCAAAUUCUGAAUUUCAACCAGUUGAACCUACUAAUAUUAAUUAUUCGAAUAAAGAUGUUUCUAUUGAACAAGCUUACUUAGAAGAACUUCCCUCAGUUAGCAAAAAUAGUACUGAUAUUCACAACCUUACUUCAAUGCAUAGCAAUUAUACUCCUUCUGUUUCUACCAUGUCCAAUAAUUUUACUAAAACACCCAUAGUUGGAGUAAAUGAUAUUGGUAAUUAUGUCCAUAAUUUAGAAAUUAACGAUUUAAAAAAAGAGGAACUCUUAAAAACUCCGUGGGUUCCUUCUUCAACAUAUAUUUUCCCUGUAAAAACCAAAAGAAAUUUACGAUUUCAAUUAUCUUGGAUAAAACGAUUUCCAUGGCUUAGUUAUUCACAAUUAUUUGAAGGAGCAUUUUGUAGACUAUGUGUUUUGUUUGCUCGAGAAAAAGGAGGUAAUGGUAGUCAUCAAAAAUUAGGUGCACUUGUUUCUAAAGAGUAUACUAAUUGGAAAAAUGCUUUGCAAGACUUUCAAUUACAUGCUACCACAUCUUAUCACAAAUUGUGUGUCGAGAAAUCUGAUAGUUUUUUAAAAGUGAAUGAAGGAAUAUCUAAAAAAUAUAACUGA